UGCUUUACUCACAGGCAGAUGCCAGCACAACAUAUCAGCAGUGACUUGACAAACCGAAGUCGAUACAGAGAGCAUUAGAACAUCUGCUGUCAUUUACAAGAUCAUUUAAAAUAGUUUUGUACAUUAAAAGUGGAAAAAGUGAAGGUUGAACAAUAACAGCUUCAUUCCUUGUCACAGUGGACCAUGGUUAUGUUGAAGAUCUCCGCUUUCUUCGUUGCCUAUGCUUUGAUUAUCUGUCAGAUGUACUGCUCAAAUGCAGCACCAUCCAGGCCUGCGCUGGAGCCCUCAGAUGAAGCCAUGCUUUCUGACUAUGAAGCGAGGAGGUUGCUAAAUGCAUUUAUCAAAGAGUUUGUGCAGAUGACUGCAGAAGACCUUGAUCAACAGGAGCCCGAGGAGAACAGCGUGGGCAGAUCCAUGUCCAAGCGCUGCUCCAACCUGAGCACCUGUGUUCUGGGAAAGCUUUCACAAGAACUGCACAAGCUGCAAACAUACCCACGCACCAAUGUAGGAGCAGGAACCCCAGGAAAGAAGCGCAGUGCAGAGCAUGUGUACAGAGAAAUGACCCAUCUCAUCUAAGAGCCUGCUGCUCGGCCGUGGUCCUGCUCUUUAAAUGCCCAUGCAUGUGGAUUUCUUUUUGCUUGUCUGACUUGAUUUCCUUAUCUGUCCCUUUUUAAUCUUCAUUGGCAGAGACAGCAUACUUUAAUGUCUUCUUUCAUAAUGUCUUACCUAUCUGUUUUCACUUGGGCAGCUCUCUUUGACAGUCUCAACAGUCUCACUUUUAACCUGAAUAAAAAUAUUUUUACAAAACAA